AUGUCGAUGGAAGCCUUCUCAGCAGCACGUAAGCAAAAGCUCGAGCUACUUCGACAGCGUCGCGCCGCCGAGCAAUCCGGGUCCACCCUCUCCACCUCCUCCCACGAUGCAUCACUGCUCAUCAAACGACAUUUUCGCAACUAUGACCCCAUCACCGGGCAGAUGAAACGCUUCACUUCAGCACGCGAUCUGCCAGAUACCGUCGAGAGGGAUGUCGACGGGUUGCAAGAGCAGACGAUCGCCGAAGACGAGCGCAGGAGACAAGAGGAGCUCGACCUAAACAACAUUGCGCCCAAGCGACCCAAUUGGGACCUGAAACGUGAUCUGGAGAAGAGGCUCAAGAAGCUCGAGAGGAGGGACAAGGAGGCAGUCAUCAUUCUUAUUCGCCAAAGAAUCCAAGCUCAGCAAAAGGCAGCUGGUCUUGACGCAAAUAGCGCGGAUCGUAACGAGGCCAACCUCACCGGUUUGAGCGCUGAAAUCGCCGCGACAGCAACAGCCGACUUGGAUCGCGAGGAUUCGGACCUCUCUAACGACGACAGCGAGAGCGAUACCGAAUAG